AUGGCCAAAUGUGACAUUAAGUCGGCAUUUCGCCUGUUACCGGUGCACCCUGAUGAUUUUGAGUUGUUAGGGUUUAAGUUUGAAGGUAAGUUCUAUACAGAUAGAGCCUUACCAAUGGGGUGCUCAGUAUCCUGCGCUGCCUUCGAGAGGUUUAGUUCCUUUUUGGAAUGGCUGUUGAAAGAUAGAUCUGGGCGAGGGAAGAUUGUUCAUUAUUUAGAUGACUUCCUCUUCGUGGGCGCGGCCAGGUCUGGCUGUUGUGCCAAGCUUUUGGAGCUCUUCAUGAAGCUGGCGGAUGAACUUGGUGUGCCUUUGGCACAUGAGAAGACAGAGAGCCCGGCCACACAGCUCACAUUUUUAGGUAUUGAAUUGGACACUUUCCAGCAGGCUUCGCGGCUGCCGGCGGAAAAGGUUCAACAGCUGAGGGAAAGGCUGGCUGCAUUGAAGCGAAAAUAUAAAGAACAUUAUCUGGCAUUUACAGGCUUUUCAAAAGUCUAUACCCAACCAGUGAUCAAAAUGGACAUCCAGCAAACCUUGAUUGUGAACAGAAUGCUUUACAUUGCCGCUAGGAACAACAUUUAUGCCAUCGAGCUGGACAGGGCAUAUCGAUUUGAAAUGCACUACAACAGAGAGGAAUGCCAAAACUUUUUAAAGGUUUUUUUGAAAAAAAAUGAAAAUGAAUUACUGAUCUGUGGGACAAACGCCUUUGACCCAAUAUGCAAGUAUCAGAAGGCGGAGUCUUUUGCCUACUUAGGAGAGCCAUUCAGUGGACGGGGCAGGUGCCCUUUUGAUGGAAAGGAUCACAAUAUAGCAUUGUUUUCAGAUGGAAAUCUGUAUUCUGGCACUGUGACUAACUACCUAUCAACAGAUCCGGUCUUUCAACGGACCCUUGGAGACCUUCCAGAUCUGCGAACAGCUCAUCAAGAUUUACAUUGGCUUAAUGAUCCUCACUUCAUUCAUGCAGUGGAAUAUGGCAACUAUAUUUACGUGUUCUUUUAUGAAGUAUCACUGGAACUCAGAAGCUGUGGCAAGGUAAUCUUACCCAGAGUAGCUCGAGUUUGCAAGAAUGAUAUGGGAGGAAGGAAAGUUCUCCAGAAACAGUGGACUUCCUUCCUGAAGGCCCGAAUGAUCUGUUCAGUUCAUGGAGAUAGCCCCUUCUAUUUUAAUGUACUGAAAUCUGUAACAGACAUUGUCAGAAUCAAUGGUCAGGAUAUUGUUGUGGGAGUCUUCACUACACCUAGAAACAGCAUCCCUGGCUCUGCUGUUUGUGCUUUUGAGAUGCAUGAUAUUGAGAAGGUAUUUGCGGGGAGUUUCAGACAGCAGAAGGACUAUGACACCAUAUGGACUCCAGUUCAUGAAGAGGAUGUGCCUAGUCCCAGGCCUGGUUCCUGUGCUGGCUCUGAACCUUUUAAAGAGUACACAUCCUCCACUGAAUUUCCAGAUAAAGUUCUAAGUUUUAUGAAAAAGCAUCAUCUCAUGCAUGACGCAGUGCAAUCAACUUUCACCAAGCCAUGGUUUAUGAUGACGAUGGUCAGGUAUCGCAUGACCAAAAUUGUUAUAGAUACUUCUGUUGGGCCAAAAGAGAACCAGAUUGUGGCUUUCCUAGGAACGGAGCAGGGCAAAGUUUUAAAGGUCUGGGACAGAUCAGGGAAUGGUCCUCUUCUGAGUGACAGCAUUUUGGUUGAAGAGAUGAACAUUUACAAGCCUGACAAGUGCAACUAUUUUGGUGAGGAAUACCCAACUAUUGUGAGCAUGGAGCUGGACAAGCUGUCUGGUGCCCUUUAUGUAGCAUUUCCACACUGUGUCAUAAAGGUUCCCCUGGGAAGCUGUGUGAUUUAUGGAACAUGCAAAAAGUCCUGCAUAGCUUCUAGGGAUCCGUAUUGUAUAUGGAUAUCAGAAACUGGAGAAUGCAAGCAGGUCAUAUCUGGAAUAAAUGUUGAAUAUGAACAGAACUUAGAGGAAGGUGAUGUAAGCGACAUGGAAGACUGUUAA